ACCCAGGCUCCUGCUGUGGUACCUGCCUUCUCCCCAGCCCCUGCCUCGGCCUCUGCCUCGACCUCUGCCCCGGCCUCUGCCCCGGCCUCUGCCCCGGCCUCUGCCCCGGACUCUGCCCCGGACUCUGCCCCGGCCUCUGCCCCGGCCUCUGCCCCGGACUCUGCCCCGGACUCUGCCCCGGCCUCUGCCCCAGCCUCUGCCCCGGCCUCUGCCCCGGCCUCUGCCCCGGCCUCUGCCCCUGCCUCUGCCCCGGACUCUGCCCCGGCCUCUGCCCCGGCCUCUGCCCCGGACUCUGCCCCGGACUCUGCCCCGGCCUCUGCCUCGACCUCUGCCCCGGCCUCUGCCCCGGCCUCUGCCCCGGCCUCUGCCCCGGCCUUUGCCCCGGCCUCUGCCUCGCCCUCUGCCCCGGCCUCUGCCCCGGCCUCUGCCCCGGCCUCUGCCCCGGCCUCUGCCCCGGCCUCUGCCCCGGCCUCUGCCCCGGACUCUGCCCCGGACUCUGCCCCGGCCUCUGCCUCGACCUCUGCCCCGGACUCUGCCCCGGCCUCUGCCCCGGCCUCUGCCCCGGCCUCUGCCCCGGCCUCUGCCCCGGCCUCUGCCCCGGACUCUGCCCCGGACUCUGCCCCGGCCUCUGCCUCGACCUCUGCCCCGGCCUCUGCCCCGGCCUCUGCCCCGGCCUCUGCCCCGGCCUCUGCCCCGGCCUCUGCCCCGGCCUCUGCCCCGGCCUCUGCCCCGGCCUCUGCCCCGGCCUCUGCCCCGGCCUUUGCCCCGGCCUCUGCCUCAGCCCCGGCCACUGCCCCGGCCUCUGCCCCCGCCUAUGCCCCGGUCUACGCCCCUUUGCCCGCUCCGGACCCUGUCCCAGUCCCUGUCCCAGUCCCUGUCCCAGUCCCUGUCAUGAUUCAUGCCCAACACACUGACGAUUGA